UAGUUUAAGCACAGUUACAGUCUCCAAGGUGUUUAAUUCUCAUCUCUCAGUUCUCAUCUGCUGUACACUACUGUACUGUAGUGAGGGCAGUGUGGUUAUGUUGUGGGGUUCAUAUUGACGGUCUCUGACGUCCAUAAUGCUUUAGUGUGACGCAGUCACAAUGAUCUCUCUCAAUAUACAGCUAAAGUUCAGAAGGCAAAUGAAGUGAUGGAUGAGUUGUGUUUGUCUCCAGUCUACUAUGGAUGAGGAGAGAGAGGAGAGGGGUUCUACCUCUAAGACCACUCUGUCUGGGGAACAUGGCCGCCAGAGCAAAGCUAAGAGCCCUGAGCAGCAGGAGAGAGCAGACUCCCCUGGACCCAGCUGUGUCUCCAUGAAGAGUGACUGGUCUAUGGGUAUACCUCCUGGCCUUAAAGAUGGACGCCCCUCCAGAGAGGAGAGCCCAGAGCAGCAGCAGAGAGCAGACUCCCCUGGACCCAGCUGUGUCUCCAUGAAGAGUGACUGGUCUAUGGGUAUACCUCCUGAGCUUAAAGAUGGACGCCCCUCCAGAGAGGAGAGAUCACACCAGAAGAAUUCAAAGGUUACCAGGCCUGUACAGAAGCAUCAAACAGAGCUGAUCAAGAGGGCUGAGGAGAACGCACACGCUUUCCUAGACAAGGAGCUGAAGAAGCUCUGGAGGGAUCUCUUCUCAGAUUACCCACAAUGCUCAGAGUUUCAGAGGGAGGAGGAGGAGGAUGUUAAGAACAAGGAGCAGAGGAGGCGCGCCAUACAGGGAGUGGUGGACAUCACAAAGCUCUGCCUGAUGGAGAUGAACCAGGAGGAACUGGCCGACACACUGUGGGGCAGAUCUGCUGCUGUUGAGUGCCAACGUAAAAUCAAGUCUCAUUUGGAGAAGAAGUUAAAGUGUGUGUCUGAGGGAAUCCCUAAAGCAGGAACUCAAACGGGUCUGAAUGACUUCUACACAGAGCUCUUCAUCACAGAGAGAGGCAGUGGAGAGGUCAACAAAGAACAUGAGGUCAGACUGAUUGAAACAGCUUCCAGGAAACCAACCAAGGAAGAAACACCAAUCAAAUGUGAAGACAUCUUUAAACCCUUACCUGGACAAGAUCAACCAAUCAGAACAAUAAUGACAACUGGAGUGGCCGGCAUUGGUAAAACCAUCAUAACACAAAAGUUCACUCUGGACUGGGCUGAAGGCAAUGCCAACCACAACAUACACUUCACAUUUCUCUUAACUUUCAGAGAGCUGAAUUUACUGAAAGAGAAAGAGUAUAGCUUGGUGGAACUUCUUCAUCACUUCUUUAUUGUGACCAAAGAAGCAGAAAUCUGCAGAUAUGAACGGUUCAAAGUUCUCUUCAUCUUGGAUGGUCUGGAUGAGUGUCGACUUCCUCUGGACUUCCAGAACAACCAGACCUGGACUGAUGUCAAAGAGCCGUCCUCGGUGGACGUGCUGCUGACCAACCUCAUCAGGGGCAACCUGCUUCCCUCCGCUCGCAUCUGGAUAACCACACGCCCUGCGGCAGCCAAUCGGAUCCCUGCUGAGUGUGUUGACAUGGUGACAGAGGUGAGGGGGUUCACCGACCCACAGAAGGAGCAGUACUUCAGGAAGAGAUUCACAGAGGAGACACUGGCCAACACAAUCAUCUCCCACGUCAAGAAAUCACGAAGCCUCCACAUCAUGUGUCACAUCCCAGUCUUCUGUUGGAUCACUGCUACAGUUCUGGAGGACAUCUUAAAAAAAUCCCAGAUAGAAGAGAUGCCCAAGACCGUGACUCAGAUGUACAGCUACUUCCUUUGGGUUCAGUCGAUACAGGGGGACAGGAAGUAUCAUGGGAGAGCUGAAACGGAUCCAUACUGGGGUCCAGAGAGCAAGAAGAUUAUUGUUUCUUUGGGAAAACUGGCUUUUAACCAGCUGGAGAAAGGCAACCUGAUCUUCUACGAGGCAGACCUGGCAGAGUGUGACAUCGAUAUCAAAGAAGCCUCAGUGUACUCUGGAGUGUUCACCAAGAUCUUUAAAGAGGAGUGCGGGAUGUUGGAGGUCAAGGUGUUCUGCUUUCUCCAUCUGAGCCUCCAGGAGUUUCUGGCUGCCCUUUAUGUCUUUCUGUCCUUUAUCAACGAUGGUGUCAAUCUGCUCUCAGAAGAACCACCCACCUCUGGGGAAGAUAAACUCCUCCUCCUCUACCAGAGUGCUGUGGACAAGGCCUUACAGAGUGAGAACGGACAACUGGACUUGUUCCUCCGCUUCCUCCUGGGCCUCUCUCUGGAGACCAAUCAGGAAGUCCUACAAGGUCUGCUGGGACAGAGAAGAAGUAGCUCACAGACCAACAAGGAAACCGUGUCAUACAUCAAGAACAAGAUUCGCGGAGAUCCCUCUCCAGAGAGAAGCAUCAAUCUGUUCCACUGUCUGAAUGAGCUGAACGACCGUUCUCUCGUGAAGGAGAUCGAACAGUACCUGACAUCAGGAAGUCUCUCCGGAGAAUCUCUCUCUCUUGCUCAACUGUCAGCUCUGGCCUUCAUCCUACUGACAUCAGAAGAGGGGUUGGACGUGUUUGACCUGAAUAAAUACUAUGCUUCAGAGCAAGGUCUUCUGAGGCUGCUGCCAGUGGUCAAAGCCUCCAAAAUAUCUCUGCUGAAUGGCUGUCAUCUGUCAGAGAGAUGCUGUGAAGCUCUGGCCUCAGUUCUCAGCUCCAACUCCUCUAGUCUGAAAAAGCUGGACCUGAGUACCAAUGAUCUGCAGGAUUCAGGAGUGAAGCUGCUCUCUGCUGGACUGGGGAGUCCACACUGUACACUGGAAACUCUCAGGUUAGUUUCACUCAAUGGUCAAACAGUUCCAUCACAAUUUCCCCAUCAGAGGACCAGUAUUGAUCUGCUGUGCCCCAGUAUUGAUCUGCUGUGCCCCAGUAAAAUCUCACGUCUGAGUUUUAACAAGAUCCAUAUUUGACAGUGGAUUAAUUUAGAUUGAUAUUAACGGUAAAACAAUGGAUUAUUUUCAAAUCCACAACGUCAAAGCAACAUUGUUUAACCCAAAAUACAAGCUGAGGCGCGCACCUUGCGGUCAGGGUCCGUACACCGCGGCGUGCACAUUACUGUCCGUGCACGGCAGUGUGCAUGUCUUAGCCGGUGCACCACGGCGCGCACGCAGCAAUCCGUUGAUCCUGGUUCAUUUAAUAGUCUCAUAGAUAAUUGCUGCUUGUGAAAACGAUUGUUGCCAUGUAUUCUUUUAUUAU